GCGAUUCGUCAUUUGCUCAUCGUAGCUGUUGAACGAUUGCCCAUACCCUUUCACGGAACGCGGAUAGGCGACCUUCCCCUCCACCCGACCGCACUCUCGCAUCAGGGCUGCAGUGAACUUUAAAGGCUGUGUCGACAAGAUGAAGCACCAGUCUUCCAGUCUGGUGAUGGCCGUACUUGUGACUGUUGGCCUUGUGUUGCUGGCUGUGUACCCGUCUACGGUCACGGGUUAUCCCCGUACGCGCUACAGCUGUCGUUGGAACACAAAUGACGAUGGGCGUACUUUUGAACGGAUAGACUGCAUAUCCAAUCGGGAUGCAAAGUCCUUGAAAGGGUGCCAAAAGAGGUGUACCGCCAACUCAGAGUGUGUUGGAAUCGAAUGGAUUCCACGCCGCAAAGGAUGGUUAGAAGGACGGAUCUGCUGUUUCCUCAAGGAGGAGACAGCUGACACAGAACCUGCAGAGAACCUCGUCUUCUGCUCUAAGCUAUACUAGAGUAGUAGAGUGUACUCACACUGGCACUCUGUCAAUGUGUCUGAGCCCACUGCAAUUAGGGCCACACCCGGGGCUAGGUCCCACUUGCACAAAUUAAGCGAUAUUGACCGUAGAUAGCAGAGAUCAACGGCCAGAAUCUCUUGCUUCGUGCAAGUGGGACCUUGCCCCCGGAUUUAGAAUGACGGCAAUAUUUAAGAAAAAACUGUCUGAGACUCUGAUGAAGUUUUCUGAACGUACUCGUUAUGGGACGCUGGGCCCUGUUCCCAGUUUGUGCCAAUUUGUGAACAUAUGGUUGUAUCUAUGGGACGCUGGACCCGGUUUCCAGCAGGUGCCGCUCCCCCCCAAUAGAUGGAGCUUCUUUAUAAAAAAAAAAAAAAAAAAAAAAAAAAAAAAGGAACUUUGCGUCAUGGGUUCAGUUUCAGAAAGGCAAUGAAUGCACUACAGGCAG